CCGCGGCAGCGCGUCACGUGACCCCUCUGUCUGCUGCUGGCCGAGCGAAGCGCGUUAGCAGGUUUUUUUUUCUAUUUUGUACAUACAGAGUUUUGUAUAUACUGUAUAUGAUGAGCUCGCUGGGCAGCGACAAGGCCCGGGGUCCUCGGGAAAAAGCGCUGCCAGCUGCCACUCAAACAUCACAACCACAGAAGCAAAUCCAGGCUACUGCUGAGCAGAUCCGUCUUGCUCAGAUGAUCUAUGACAAGAAUGAUGCUGACUUUGAGGACAAAGUUAACCAGCUGAUGGAGGUGACCGGGAAGAAUCAGGACGAGUGCAUGGUAGCGCUUCAUGACUGUAAUGAGGACGUUAGCAGAGCCAUCAAUUUCCUCCUGGAGAGCACCUCAGAUAUGACCUCGUGGGAAACGGUGGGGAAGAAGAAGCCCCUGGUGAAGGAGGGCCCGUCGGAGAGCAAGGAGAACAAGGAGAAUAGGGAGAAGAAAGGAGAGAGGGAGGUCAGCAAGGGUCGUGCCUCUGCCAACCGCAAAGGCAAGGGGCCCAGUCGGAGGGGACAAGCACGCCCAGAGGAGAACGGUGUGGAGGCAGCACCAGUGGACAAAGGUUCAGAUCGAGGUCGGAGGGUCAAAGGUAGCAGAGGAUCUGGAGUUAGGGGUCGAGGAAGAGCGCCGACUGGGAGCAGGUUCUCAGCCCAGGGCAUGGGGACUUUCAACCCUGCUGAUUAUACCUCAGAGGCUGGAACUGGGACCACACAAGCAGAGGUUUGUGACACCGUGAACAGCAACAGCACAGAUGGAACAGUUGCCUGGAGGAAUACGUCGGAGGACUGGGCAGCAGAGGAGUGGAGUGAGGAUGUCAGUCUCUCAGAAACUAAAGUCUUCACUCCCUCAUGUGCACCGGCUGCUGAGAACCAUAUCGCACCUGGGCAAAGUUUGGACCUCGCCUCUUUGCUGCAGAAGCCUGGUGUUGGAGGAAGAGAGCCACCUUCCUCCACUUCCACGCAGAGUCUGGUCUUCACCAACUCCCACCAUAACCAGCAGCCACCCCCGAGCCGCAGCACGACGGGCAGCACAAGCUACGCACAUGCUGCUCUGUCAUCAGUUCUGGGAGCUGGUUUUGGGGAUUUGGGCCAGGCCAAGAGGACUCAGCCCAGCGCUGGAGCUCAGAUACUGGAACAGCUUAAGGGUCCCGGCUUGGGCCAGCUGCCCUCGUCACAGGCUGCUCCUCCUGUCAGCACCCAAGGAAGCAACACCUCCAUCGGUCGACUGCCAGGUUUGGGAGCACCUGCACCUCCACCCUCCUCCUCCAGCUGGGACAUGAAGGCUUCUGAAUCCAACACCACCUCUCUGUCGUCACAGUUCAGCCGUGAGUUUGGCCUGCAGCCAGAGCCUUCUCUUGUGCUGAGCCAGCUGGUUCAGAGACACUCUGGCCCCUCCUUGCCUCUGGCACGUCAGCCCAGUCCUCCAUCUCAACAACAAGCACUCCCUGCUUCAGCGUCGUCUGCGCCCCAACACAUCAGCUCGCCAGCACAGGCUGGCCUGGUUCUGGCUGCUGCUGGUGCUAAACCUGCUGCUCCCAGUGCAGGGCUGGACCCUCAGGGCAGCAGCACGCCACAGCAACAACGAGUGCAGCUCAAAGGCCCCAAACGACGAAUACCUCCCACAUCUAAAAUUCCCUCCACAGCUGUGGAGAUGCCGGGCUCAGCGGACGUUCCUGGACUAAACCUCCAGUUUGGAGCUCUGGACUUUGGCUCAGAGUCAGCACUGCCAGAGUUCGGAGUUGUGGACAGUUGUUCGGGUGUGGUGUCCCGGGAGUCCACACCUGCACCUGCGUCGGCACCACCUCCAUCGGGACCUGGGACCCAGAGCCACACGAGUCUGUACCCAAAACCUCUCAGCGAGUCACUGAGCAGCGCUCUCUCCGUGGCUCUGCCUUCGCCCCUCACCUCUUCAGAACCGGCAUAUCACUCGUCCACCGUGGCCAUGCCCAGCCUCACGCCAUCAGUGGGUUCAGUCGGCUCCACGAACGCUCCAUCCUCCACUUUAACGACGUCGACGACCUCCUCCUCCGCACCGUCCUCCUCUCCCUUCUCCUCAGUCGGAGGGAGUUACGAAGGGACAAUGCCCCCUCACACGCGACUGGCCUUUUCUCAGAGCAAAGAGGCCACAGGACCAGUGAUGAACGGUCUGAACGGUGUCAGAACCUCUGCUGCUCUAGACACGUCGUCAGUUUCUUCCACGCCAAAGCCCGAGCCAUCGUCUGUGAACAUCAACACCAACGGUCCUUCAGCCCCCUCCUCCCACCUCCCCUCCUCGCUGCCGACACACAACUCCACCACGCUCUCCAACCUGGCACAGGACCUGCAAUCAACGAGUCAACUCAACUCACUCAACAGUCACGGCAGCAGCCAUUCCUCAGUUUCAGCUCUGGGAUCAAGUUCUCUCACUUACACUAGUGUUGACAGUAGCAACGUGAGCUCUCUGGCACCUCCAUCAAGCUCCUACACGUCAUCGCAGCCUACAAACGUAUCGCUCCACUCGGUGCACAGCGGCAGCAGCAACAGUAGCGGCAGCAUCAGCCACCUGGCCAACAUGCCCAGCCUGGGCAACAGUAUGAGCAGCACGGUCGGAGGCAUCACCGGCACAAGUGGACUCCACUCGGCUGCCACCAUGGCCGCCAGCACAGCGCUGGGACUCUGCUCCAAUGGAGCUACUGCCACGUCCAACCUCUCUGCACCAAGGACCACAGCCGUGCUCUCCUCCACCGGUAAAGCUCCUCCUAACCUGUCCCAGGGAGUGCCUCCUCUAUUACCAAACCAGUAUAUCAUGGGCCCUGGAGGGCUGCUGCCUGCUUACCCACAGAUCUAUGGCUAUGAGGACCUCCAUAUGCUACAGUCCAGACUGCCAAUUCCUUCUUUGCAGGAUUACUAUGGAAUCACGUUCCCCGGCCCCGCGGCAGCUCUGUCUGGCAGAGAUGGGAGCCUCGCCAACAACCCCUAUUCAGGUGAAGUCACAAAGUUUGGUAGGAACGACUCCACCUCUCCAGCACCCCCCACCAGCCUGGCUGCCCCACAGCCUCCCCAGGCGCAAAGCCAAGGACAUACCCAGACUCAACCUCAGCCUCCUCAGGCCCAGCCUCAGGGGCAGCCGCAGCAUCACAGCAGCCAGCAGGCCUUUCUGCCGCCAGGCUACAGCUACACAGGGCUGCCGUACUACCCCGGAGUGCCAGGCGCCGUGCCCAGCGCUGCCGCCUUCCAGUACGGCCCCGCCAUGUUCGUUCCUCCUGGAGGCCCAGGACCAGCUUCAGCUAAGCAGCACAGUAUGAGCCUGGGCCUGGGGAACCCCUCAGCCAGCCCCUUUCAGCAGCAGGCGCAGCAGCAGCCCAGCGGUUACGGCCAGCACGCCUUCAGCUCAGGUUACGAGGAGCUGACAGCAGGGCCCGCUGGAGUGGAGUACAGCAAAGGCUACAACUCCUCUUCACAGGCACAAGCCAAGUCUGCUGCUGCCGGGCCUGGGAAAGGGGUCUCAGUGACAUCCAGUAACUCCGGUGUGCCAGACAUCAGUGGAAGUGUUUACAACAAGACCCAGUCUUUUGAUAAGCAGGGUUUCCAUGCAGGGACCCCCCCUCCCUUCAACCUGCCAUCAGCGUUGGGGGGCCCAGGGCCUCUGAACCCCGGAGCAGCUCCUGGAGGCUAUGCACCUGCCCCAUUCCUCCACAUCCUGUCUCACCAGCAACCACACUCGCAGCUGCUGCAUCACCAUCUAGCUCAGGAUGGACAGGGUGGACCCAGCCAGCGCGGCCAGUCCAGCAGCCUGCAGCAGAAGAGCCAAGUCAACAAGUCGAGCUAUGGCAGCUCCCCUUACUGGGCCAACUGAGACGGCAACGUCUGUGGCGUGUGUGCACAUGAAACACACACACACACACCAGCAGGUCUCAUGAGAUCAUAGAGGGACUGAACAUUUUUACAACUCAAGCUAACACACACACUACCAUCCCCUCCCCUUUGCUCUGUAUAUCUCCUUUUCAAAUUUAUGGCUGUUGUAUGUAAAAUAUAUUUAUGUAUUUAUACAGUAUAUAUGUAUUGGUAGGACAUAAAAUGUGGUUUUCUGCAUUGUUUUUAUUUUGAAGGACUUUAUUUUGAAAAAAAACAAAAAAAAAAGUGGAAAGAUGAGAAUGCCAAGUCAUGCGAGAUAAAGUUGGUGAAUAUACUUGAACACAAGCAUCUUGUGAUGUGGAUUUUAUUUUGUAUGCAUACAUGAGAAUGAUGUACUCAACUUAUACACAUCAUUUUCACGGCAAAGGCCUUUAUUUUGGAAAAAAAAAUGUUU